GCGUGCCAACGUAAGCUUAACACCUCCAGCUGCUUAUUGUCUACCUCGCUCAUCUGGAAUCAGCUGUGCUCUCCACCGAGAGACAAAUAAAUGGGUAAAACUGAAAAUUUAAGCAGAACUUAGACCCGCGUCUUACGCUGCCCCAACGGUUUCAAGGGAGAAUACAAAAACUGCGGGGCCAACCGGAGCAGCAGCCAGUCAUUCAGAGCCUUUUCACCGCGGGAUGUGAGCGCUGAGUCCCUCUACAAUAACGGUUGACUGCUGUGACUUUGAGAGGACCCGACAGAGACAGACCUGCUUCUGAACUGUUACAGGCGGUUUUUUUCUCCUGAAGUCUGAGGUUUAAAGAAGUGAAAACCUGCCGCGUUUCUACGUCAAAGGAAGUUGCGAGCUCGCGCGAAGUUUUUUUUCAUCUCAGUGUACGUUAGCAAGGUGUUGGGACUAAUUUUUUAAUGGAAGCUUCCGCGGUCUUGGGCGUGUCGGAGAGCAGCCCUCCUCGGCUUUGUGUCUUUGGUCUGUGCCAUCCAUCUCAUCAUGGACAGCCUGCCGUGCGGGGCCAGUAAAGGGGCCAGUGCCCUUGAGUCAGCACAGACCUCAUCACGUCAUAGAUGCCACUCACUCACUUUGCCCCUGUAUGAGUGACUGUUAAGGAAACAAUAAAGCUUAAAUUCCUCUGAACAAAUAAAAGCCAUGCAUCUGCUGCCGGCCCUCUGUGCCUUUUGGCUGCUACCCCUGGCCUUGGCGCUGGAAGAAGACUCCCCACUGGACUGUGUCCCCCGUAGAUCUGUGCCCUACCAUAGGAACAACGCUCACCUGUUUCACGAGAAGGGAGUGUUCAACUACUCCACCAUGCUGUUGAGAGAAGAUCUGGACCUGCUAUUGUUGGGUGCCAGGGAGGCGGUGUAUGCUCUUGACCUCAACAACAUCUCCCAAAAACUUGCUUCAGUUAAAUGGGAAGUGACGCAAAAGCAAAAUGAUGAUUGUAAAAACAAAGGAAAAGAUCCUGAGACUGAGUGCAAGAACUAUAUCCGGAUCCUGCAUCAGACACAGGACAACAGGAUGUUUGUGUGUGGAACAAACGCGUUCGAUCCCGAGUGUGGUUACAUGUCCUAUGCCGAUGGAAACCUGACUCUUGAGAAGAAACGAGAGGAUGGCAAAGGAAAGUGUCCAUUUGAUCCUUUCCAGAGAUAUGCCUCCAUCAUGGUUGAAAACAGCCUAUACUCAGCCACUUCAAUGAACUUCCUUGGCUCUGAACCCGUCCUGAUUCGCAGCUCUCCUAACUCCAUACGCACGGAGUUCAAGAGCUCCUGGCUUCACGAGCCCAACUUUGUUUCCAUGGCUCAGAUGCCAGAGAGUCACAUGAGUGAGGAGGGAGAUGACGACAAGGUUUACCUGUUCUUCAGUGAGACGGCUGUGGAGUGCGACUGCUACAACAAACUGGUGGUUUCCCGUGUGGCCCGCGUCUGCAAGGGGGAUCUCGGAGGUCAGAGGACCUUGCAGAAGAAAUGGACAUCCUUCCUGAAGGCCAGAAUGGACUGUCCAGUGCUGGAGUCUCAGCUGCCGUACGUUAUUCAGGACACUUACCGCUCGUGUGACCCACACCAGCCCUGGAAGGACUGCUUGUUCUACUCCGUCUUCACACCACAGUCGGACACAUCAGACCUGUCUGCAGUGUGUGCGUACCGCGUGUCUGACAUCAGCAGAGUGUUUGCAGAGGGGAAGUACAAGACCCCAGUCCCCGUAGAAACCUCUUUUGUUAAGUGGGUUAUGUAUAGCGGAGAUGUCCCCGUCCCUCGGCCUGGAGCUUGUAUAAACAAUGCGGCUCGUAAAGUGGGUAUAACUCAGACCCUGGACCUCCCAGACCGGACACUUCAAUUUAUCAAAGAUAGGCCCCUAAUGGACCAAGCUAUCCAGCCAAUAGGAGAGAAGCCUGUGCUUGUGCGAAAGGGAGCUACAUUCACACGCAUCAUAGUGAACCAAGUGCAGGCAGCAGAUGGAGAGAAGUACCGUGUGAUGUUCAUAGGCACAGAGGAAGGCACAUUGCUAAAAGCAGUGAACUACGAUGGAGAGAUGUUCAUCAUAGAGGAAGUGCAAAUCUUUGAGCCCCCAGAGCCAAUCAAGAUUCUGAAAUUCUCUAAUGUCACGGGUCAGCUGUAUGCAGGCUCAGACCACGGAGCAGCACAGAUACCACUGGCCACAUGUGGGAGGUCCUCAUCCUGUAUCGACUGUGUUCUAGCCAGAGACCCCUACUGCGGCUGGGACCAGACUCUUGGGAAAUGUCUUAACCUUGCUAAUUCACAAAGAGAACUAAUCCAAAGUGUGAAAGGGGGGGAUGCUUCUCUGUGCCCACAUGCUGAUCCUGUGAAGCCUAUGAAUCUGACCAUCUGGCUCGGCGGAAACCGGAAGCUCGAUUGCCCUUCGCCUUCCACCCUGGCAAAAACCAGUUGGGAGCGGGAGGGCAGCCCUCUGACGCCUUCGACCCGCCUUCAGCUUCUACGAGACGGACUGCUCAUCCUCAAUGCCACAGACUCGGACGGCGGUCGCUACCGCUGCCUGUCUGUGGAGCCCUCUAAAGCUCACGAGUACACAACCACUGUGGCUGAGUACCAGGUUAGCAUGGCUUCAGCAGAGUCUAAGGAUGGGAGACUGAUUCUACCCCAGGCUCAGAAGGAUGGCCCCUCUGUGGCUGGACUGCAGGCCGUAGUCGGGCUCCUGGUAGUUUCCCUUCUUGCCCUUUUGGCUUGGAAUUUUUACAAAGGCCACCUACCGCUGCCCUGGAACUGCAGAAAGAAGAAUAGAGAGCAACCCCAGGAGGCUCAUGAGCAAGGCGGUCUGAACACCAGCGUGACCUACCAGGAUGCACUGAGGCCUGCACUGGCAGAGGACAAGCCCCUGGUGUCGGGAACAAACAACGGCGGUAAUAACAACCACACCGGAGGAGAGGCGGCAUUCAGCGCGGCUGAGGAAGAGAAUGACGGCCCAAAAGUUGUUCUUUCAUCUCUGCAGUAUAUCGAUGACGAGUGACAUUUGAAAAUGACAAGCGCAUUACUGUGUUCAGUUCUACUUUUACAGUCUAUAGCCCUAUUCUCAUGCUACUCGUAUUACCUGGAGACCUCUAGUAAUUUGGAAUAAUUACCACGGUCAUCUAAGAUCUUUAAUUUACCAGGUAAAGAUUCCACCUCAAAUGACCUACCAUAUUUUGCCAAACAGAGCUUGUGUGAUGAUUUUAAUGACCCGCAAGUCUUCAUCUCAGGGUCCAUUGGCUGCGUUGGGGAAUUGUAACUUUAAGUUGGACACAAAACAUCCAGUUGUAAUACAACUUCAGUACCACUAAAGUUUGAGAAAUGGGAAUGCCCCAAACAGUUUGUUUCUAGUCAGAACUACUGGAUUUGUCAGUUUUUAUCAUUUGCGUUGAAAUCUCGUUAAAAUAUUCUGAGGGGUUGAAAGAAACACCACACAAUUCUAUAAUAGUUAUUUGUACAAGAAUGAAAGAUACUUGAGUUUCUGCUUUGUGUAAAUUUAAAUGUUUUAGCUUCCUAAUAAUUGUUGUGAGUCCUAAUAUCUUGGAACGAUUUGUAUGAUUUCGCAGGGAAUGUACAAUAACUGAUAUUGAGCCAUUUGUUUUUUAACCACUAGCUGAAAAAGAUUCUGUUAUUAAACCUUUUCUACCUUG